AUUUACACGGAAAGUUCAUGCAUUUUUUUGUUCAGAUUUAACAGGAAGACUGUAUCGGCAUUCAUACAAUGUUCUACUUCUGACUCCUGAGUGAUAAUCGCCUUUGGGGGGAAAAAAGAAAAAAACAAAACAAUCAAAAACAGCUGUAUCUUGGCGAACGCAUGUCGACCAAAAUUCCAAAACAAACCAAGUGUCGUAAAUCAAUAGAUAUGAAGUGAUCGGGUGCCUCAUCCUGAUGGUGAUCAAAAAUGGCGAUUGCACUCAGAAGUUCCCUUGCAACCAAGGUUUUGCAAGCUCUGAGAGGUGUUAGCAAUGUUGAUAUCUUGCCAAUAGAAAGUCAGCUUGUGAGUGCCUUGCAAAUCAAUCCAAAUUCAGCCAAAAAUCGAAUUGAAUUACAGCUUCCUCUCUAUACUGUAGUUGGACAGAAAAAGAAUCAUGUUGAAAAAAAACUUAUGUUUCUGCAAGGAAGUGAAAUUAUUGAAAAAUUUGAAACAAAUGAUUCAGUUACUGGGAUCUCUCUGUCUCCACCUGAGUCAAAAAUUCAUUUUUUAAAUUUUCAUCUUGACAUCAGUUGCUAUUGCCGCAAUUUGCUGUCAGACAUUUUAGGAACCAAUGAAGAAGAUUAUGUUUCCGGGAAGCUGUUUUCUCUGCCUAAAGACCAAAUUAUUGUUGAAUUUAGUUCUCCUAACAUUGCCAAGCCUUUUCAUGUUGGUCAUUUGAGAUCAACAAUUCAUGGAAAUUUCCUAUCAAAUCUAUUCAUUGCCCUAGGUCAAAAUGUCAAGCGGCUUAACUAUCUUGGUGAUUGGGGUACCCAAUUUGGGCUUCUCCAGUUUGGGCUUGACCAGGGCUGGUUUAGCUGGGAAGAGAUUUCGCAAAAUCCUAUACGUUCGCUACUGGAGAUAUACGUGAAAGCUAACACUAUGGCCGAGAAAGACGAAAACGUUGCUGCCAGAGCACGUGAGUUGUUCCAAAGGCUAGAAAGUGGUGACGAAGACCUGUCGAAAAAUUGGAGAGAAAUUCGAGAGUUCACCGUGACAGAACUUCGUCAAACUUAUGCCCGUCUUGGCGUUAAAUUUGACGAAUUCAAUUGGGAAUCUCAGUAUGGGAUCAAGGACUUGAGCGCUGUCUUGUCAAUUCUAGAGAAAUCUGGACGCCUUAUAACAAAAGCUGAAGGAACAAAAGUCGUUCGUCUAAAUGACCAAAGAACAGUUACGUUGGUCAAAAGUGACGGUUCAAGUUUAUACCUAACACGAGACGUGGCCGCAGCUAUAGACCGAUGGAACCGUUUCCCUUUUCGACGGAUGUUUUAUGUUGUAGAUAAUGCUCAAUCCGACCACUUUGUAGCAUUGAAAAGUCUUCUCAGUUUUAUGUGUCAUACUUGGGCAAGUAACAUAGAACAUGUGAAGUUUGGUCGUAUAAAAGGCAUGUCCACCCGAAAAGGAACGAUCGUUUUCCUAAGUGAUUUACUUGAUGAAGCACACGCAAGAAUGAAAGCAAAACAAAUUGCCAGCCCAAAUACAAGAGUUGCAGUUGAAGAAAAUCCUGAAAUCACUGAUAUAUUGGCUAUAUCCGCAGUAGUCAUUAACGAUCUCAAGCAGCGCAGGCAAAGAGACUACACUUUUAAUUGGGACGAUGCUCUUCAGGAUAAAGGAGAUACCGGCAUUCGCUUGCAGUAUACACAUUCCCGACUGCACAGCCUAGAGAAAAUGUGCGGCGUGAGUCUACCUGAAGAACUUCUCAGCCUGAAUACUAAUUUAAUUCAAGAACCUGAAUUGAUCACUGUGAUGAGGGAUUUGGGAAUGUUCCAUCAGGUGUUACAGGAUUCCUACAAUCAACUCGAACCGUGUGUUCUAGUUAGAUAUCUUUUCGAUCUAAGUCAUUCGCUUGGCGUAGCGCUGAAGACCAUGCCUGUUAAGAAUCAAGAAGAAGAAUUGGCUCAAAUCCGUUUAGCAAUAUUUUCUGCAUCGAAACGCAUCCUGAGUAUCGGCUUGAAAAUCCUCGGUGUGCAACCUCUUCAGCAAAUGUAAACCUGCCAACUGACCUUAGUCACGCCGUUAAACGCUACCUCACGUGUUUCUUGGUGUUACAUACUUACGUUACAAUCAAUACUGCCUCUUUGAUUGAAUUGAAAACCAGCUAUUUGGAGCUUGAUGGAACUAUCACUUCUGAACAUCGAGGCACAUGCAGCAUGCU